GAUGAUUUGAAAUCGGAUGACGAUUUGAUAUCCCCACACUCCGGAAUCGGCUCCGGAUCCGGCUCCGGGCACGACGAAGAUGAAGAUUCUGAGGACCGCAGUCCUCGGUCGCCAUCCAGGUCUCGCUCCCCUUCGCGUGUUUCGAAGAGCGAAGAGGAGGAGGAAGAAGACUAUUACGGAAAACCAGUGGUGAAGAAAAACGACUCGAAUUCUUCCGAAGUUGUGCAGCAGCCCAAGACGGUGACUAGUACCAGCGACCAUGGUAUGACGAACGCCAAAAAGCUCGACGAUUUAUCGGUGAAAAAUAAUCGCAAGACUACGACUCUUUCCGGACAGCCGAUCCCGAAGUCUAGUGCGAAAAAGCCUCUUGAUGCAUCUUCUACUCGUUUUGGAUUUGGAAAGCAGGGAGGUACUACUAGCAUCAAGGAUGGCGCGGUCUUGGUGAAGACCAACAGGAGCAAGCGCUCCAGCAGUGUUUCCGAUGACGACGGUGAAGAUGCGCAUGGAAACGGGUCCACUUAUGAUCUCAUUUCACCGCCGGCCCAGUUCGGAAAGUAUAACCAGGCAACUGCUACUGCUGAGGGCAAAAAGUCGAAAGGAGGGGCGAAAAGCGGCCGUGACAACGAAGCAGCUCCUGCCGAAAAUAAGAUGAAAUCCGACAAGAAAACAGCUGCCCAAGACAUCACAACUCAAACCGGUGGUGGCGCGGGUACUACUACUGGUCGUUCUUCCGCUACUUCCGCCGCGCCGGGACCUGGUGGUCUUGGUCUCAACUUGAACUUUAUCGGGCGCCGCAGAGAUAGUGAGGACUCGCUGCGACACGGCGAAUCGUCCUCUCCGUCGUCAUCGGAUGAACAUAUUGAAGAGGAAAAAUCAGACGGCGAUGUUGAGAUGGAGAGACAGCAGAAUGACAAGAAAAACGAUAACCUGAAGUUGCCCGCUCCAGCCGACAACGACGACCCCGAAAGCAAAAAGCGCAAAAUGACGGAAGAUAUCGAAACCCCAGCGAGUGUGCGAUCCAAGGCGGAGGAACUGAAGUCGCGUUACAAGCAGAAGUUGCUGGACGACAAGCUGAAGGCGGCGAAGGAAAUGGCAACUGCCAAGGCGGAGGAAGAAGAUGAAGAACAAGAACGUGAACGUCUCCGGGUAAAUAACUUGAAACGCGACAGGAGCAAAAGCCGAAGCGGAAGUAGGAGCCGCAGUCGCGGCACUCCUUCUGGCAAGCAUAAAGAGUCGAAGCAUGAUGGUGAUGAUGACGUCAUCAUCCCUUUACUUGACCCAACCCCGGAGGAACUCGAGGAUAUGCGAAAGAACAACGUCACCUUGGAGGAAUUUCGUUUUCUCCGCGCCCAGUUAGAGAAGGGGAAGCAGGAAGAAAAACUGCGGUUAGAAGAGGAGAAGAAGCAGAAGGAGGAAGAGCGGGAAAAACGAAUUCAGGAGCGGUUGGAGCGAGAACGGGAAUUUCGGCAGAAGCAGCCGAGUAGGUCGCCGCGGCGCGGUGCGAGAGAUCGGGAUGCUGUACCACGUGGAGGCGCUGGCUCCAACCGGAGCUGCAAAGAGGCUGACGUCAAAGAGAACAAGGAGAACAACAAUAGCAGCACUGCUGGUUCUGGUACUACUAGCAGCACGAAAAAUAAUAUCUUGCAACCGCCGCCGUCGAAACUAGCUGACAAGCACAGUGAGACCAAAUCCCUGGGGCAGCAACUCCUCGAUCAGUACGUCGGGAAUGGAAUGAAGGGCAGGGUGGAGCAGCUGAAGCUCGAGGCUGCCGCGGAAAUAAAGACGAAGCGGGACCGAGCUGGCGCAACUACAUCUCCCGAUCGUUUUGCUUCUGGGGACAACAAGACGGGCAAAAAUAACCCGUCUGAAGAGAUGAACAUUAAAUCUAGUGCAGCCGACAUCAAUCAGCCUUCCACCGUUCUUCUCCGACCCCCUUCGGGUGGAGCGCGCUGCGACUUACGCCCGAACGAGAAGUACGUGGAGAAGGAGCACAACAACUACAAAAGUGUUGCUGGAACUACAAAUGUCCUCACUUCUGAGGGGUUUAGCAAUAGAAAUCCCGCGGCGGGAAAUUGCAUUCUGAAACCGAACAGGAAAAGAGGCAGUUUUGGACCACUUGGAGCCAAUGCAGGACGGAAAGGAUCUUCCGAAUACGGUGGUGGCAACGAGCCGUCGAUUGAAAAAUCUGCAACCGAAAAGAACGACAAGCAGCUGUCGCGGACGAAUUCCUUAGUCGUGGAUAAAAGGUUGAACUCCGCUUCAUUACAAUCUUCGGAGGACAUCGAGAAAAAGGUUGACCGGACCAUCACCGAAAAGCUGAAACGGCGGAACAACCCCUUUGAGGAUAAAGACUACGAGUACAACGGAAGAGGCGGUCGCGGGGAAACGAGGGACAAGUCGGAUCAGGAUCACGACGAGAAGUUAUCUUCUCGCCGGGAGAAUAUUAAGAAGUCAUCUCGCGAUCGGGAUCGCCGCGGCCAAAGUGGCCGAUCUUACUCUGCUCCCCGCAGCGAAAAAGGCCGGGGCCGGUCGAAGGAGGCGCGGCGGUAUGAUAACAAGAAAGACCACAAAGACGACUACGACAAGAAAUCUAAGCGGGGGAACAAAACCGACAGUGUCGGGAAGUCUUCUUCCCCAGCAGGAGCUGCGCGAGGCACCAGGCUGGAAGAGCUGAAGAGCCGGUCGGGAAAAGAUCUGAAAACUCCGGAGUUGCGGAGUGUCUCCCGCGGAGGAGGAAAAGGGACCGGAACUACGGGGCGGAAGAAAGACCGGGAAGAUGAAGAUCGGAAGAGAAGUGCGGCAGAUGGCAGUACUUCUGGGCGUGACCGUCGCGGAGGUGAUAAAAGUCGUGACAAAAAAUCUCGGUCUCCGAAAACCUCCGAAAGCCUCCGUGUUGCUUCUGAGGAGCGCCGAGAGCGGGAGCGGAAGAUCUGGGAAGGAAAACGAGCGAAAAUCGUGGCGGAGAAAGAACACCUGUAUGCGGAGCGGAAGAAAAAUGCCUGCCCGCCGGAGCAGUGGUCGUUUGAUCCGUUUGAUUUUUUUCUGCACGGACAGGUCCCGGGAACGGUGACCAAGGACGGCGAAAUGUUUGUGUGCAAACCCCUGUCGAGCGGCGUUUGGGCGACGGUAAGUAGUUAUUUCAUACGGAGGAUCAUGCCGAUAGAUCAACUUUUCUGAAGUUUUUCUUGACCUGCCCACGCAUUUGUAGAUAUAUAAUGAUUAGCAGAGCCUUCUAUAAUCCCACUCUGAAAAACAACUCGAACUAUUCUCAUUGCUACUAUACAUCUUCAGGCCGCACCCGUUCCCGAAACCUCGGAACCCGCCCAACCCCCGACCUACCACACGAAGCAGAGCAUGCACGACGACGACGAGACUGAAGAGACAGUGCCGCUGACGCCGCAAGAACGCAAGCGAUCCUCUCCACCCGGUGGCCGUCGCGGCGAUGGAAAUAAAAACCGGUCGCGCUCACGCGAAAACCACAACCGGACUCUGAAGAAAGAGGACAUCAAAGCUCGUCCCACCCGGGACGAGUCCAUCGCCCGGCCCCACCCGCACGAAUACGACUAUAACCGGCUGGGAAAGAACCGAGAUCUAGUCCGCAUGGGCGAGGACGAAAGGAGUGCGCAAUACAAGGCCGCAAAGGGAGCAGGGGGUGCUGGAGGACAGAUUUACAACCUGAAGGAGCCCAUGAGCAGUAGAGGAGGAGAGCAUCACUACCAGCGUGAGCUGCAAGGGACUUCCAGCUCCAGUUCCUUCACUACUAACAACGCCAUCCUCCGUCCGGCGCGCGGUCGGGCGAACACGGGUGGCUCCGAUUUUUCGCACCAGGAGAUUAAGGUCGAGAAACAGUUGGACCACAUGGCUGUGAUUGACCCGAACCAGAUCAAUCUCGAGCACCUCCUAUGAACUGCAAAAGUAUCUUCAUACUCGUACUGAUCGCAUUUAUGCAUUACAAAUUUCUUUGUCACGCUAAAUCAGCAUGACAAAUUCCAUUUGUCAUGCUGAGCUCGUUUGUAUUGCAUUUGCAAUACUACCAGUGCGAUACUUUUGCAAUGCAUACCUCCCGAAGCCGGUCCAGCAGGUUUCCCGCGGGGGCGAAGUGUGGGCGGUGUUUUCGGAUCACGUGGAUCACAAGGCGCUGUUUGAUUGCAGCGACCAGUGCCGGGAGAUCUUUCGGGAAAAGAAGAAGCAGAAGCGCGGAGGUGGGGGGGAGGAAUCGGUACGCGGCGGGGGUGGAACCACAGCCGCGACGGCAGUCGGGUCUGCAAUGACAAGUAGUAGCUCAGCAACAGGAAGUUCUAACACCCACAAUAUCAGCUCUAGUGCUGCGGGGUCGUCUUCCAGAGACCACACCUCCAGUUCGGCUUUUGGCGCCUCCUCUACUAAUGCCGGAUCCUAUUCCAGUCGAAAUCGGGUGGGUGGAAAGGGGGGGAAGCGGUGGUGA